UAAAAUAAUAUUGUUUGCAUGCGCAAAGGUGUCGUAUCGAUGCAAAUGUCCAUCAUCAUCAUCAUCAAUUAACUUAUCUAAUGGCCAACAUUCCUAUCGCGCUCCUAUUGCAUGGUACAAGACCUAUAACCUCUUGCAUGUUAGCCUGUGUCACCGGAAACCAAACAUACUCUAAAAGGUAAAAAGACGGGCACUUAUUGAAAAGAUGCAUUCUUGAGGGGUCAAAAUGCGAUCCCAUAAAAGGAUUUCAUUAAUCCCGCGGCCUCCAUCUUUAUUCGUCUUUCUCAUACCUCUUCAACGACGCUCUCUCCCAUUCCUUGCGCACAAUAACAUCGUGAACGCUCCUUCUCCGACCAGAGAUCAAUGUUGUCUUGUUCUUGUACAUCGUGAAGUGCCUUUCUUGCCCUUAUUGCUCACGAAAGAAGAUGAUGACUAGAGUUAGUUUGAAGAAUGUGUUAAGUGCAGUGAUCAAUCAAGGAGCGGCGGAAGCGCGAGCUUGGAUCUUCGGCCACCAAUUGAACCCCGCAGGCAACAAAACUCCUCACAAGAUUCUUCGCAUGAAGCUCUUCGGUGAAAAAGUCGCUCAGUGGUACCCUCACGACAUCAAGAAAGACGACCCUCUUGUCAUGGCUCGUCAAGAACAAGAACGUCUAUCAAAGCUUGAAAUGUUGAAGCGGCGAGGAAAAGGACCACCUAAGAAGGGCCAAGGAAGGCGUGCGGCCAAACGCAACAAAUAAAUUAUACUUUCGCCUCUCUCUCUGGAAUUAUUUUGAGGGUACUCUUUUAAGGCAAGUACUUGUUUAUGUGAUAACACUUUGAAUUUGAUUAUCAGAAUGUAAACGCAUGCAUUUUAGAGUUGAAACCACUAGCCUAAUUUGGUUGAGGUCUCUGUCCUCUAUGUGCAAUUAAUUUUUCUGAAAUUGAUUCAGUCUAUCUUGGAAGUAGGUAUGCAACCCCAAGGUUAUAAAUUAUAAAUUGGCCAUUUUCUUAUUGAUUUUGUUAUUAUAGUCGGAUUGUUGGAUGAA